AUGGGGUCACUUCCAAAGCUUUCCACCGUCUUGACCUGGGCCCUCUACUUCGUCCCCUUGUAUAUCUUCAUCCUGGACCCGGUAGUGCGCGGAUUCUUCCCGAGCCUAGUGGCACCACCCAGCGACAGCGACGAGCUCUUCGAUGAGUCCAGCGCACCAGGACCGGGCAUCAACCUGACCGACGACAGCUUCAUCAGCCCCGAAGAUGGCGUGCCAUUCCGCUGCGCCAGCGCCGAGGAGUACCGCGUGCAUCUCCUUUCACGCGAACCGCUGAUCAUAUACAUCGAGAACUUCAUCUCCGAAACCGAAGCAAACCAUAUCCUGGACAUGAGUGUGAACAAAUACACCCCUUCAAUUGUCUACGACGGCAAAACAGAACAGGUAGACCCGACCAAACGCCUCUCCGACCGUGCCCUCCUCGACCGCGACGACACAGUCCGCUGCCUGGAAGACCGCGCCCGCCGCUUCCAGGGCUGGCACCCGGAUUUAUACAUCGAGCGCAUGUGGGCGCAGCGCUACAAUGCCUCCGGGCACUACCGUCACCACUAUGACUGGGCCGGGUCGUUGGCGCGCGGGGGGGACCGCUUCAGCACGUUUAUGGUGUAUAUCGACGCGGACUGUGAAGGUGGGGGGACGAAUUUCCCGCGGUUGAGGAUGCCGGCUGGGGAGAAGUGGUGUCAGUUUUUGGAGUGUGAGCAGCGGGAUGAGAAGGGGAAUGACAUGGGGAUCACAUUCAAGCCUAUCAAGGGUAAUGCGGUGUUUUGGGAGAACCUUCGGUCGGAUGGAACAGGGUACCCUGAGACUUGGCACGCUGCGUUCCCUGUGACAAAGGGGACGAAGGUUGGGUUGAACGUUUGGAGUUGGUAUCAGCCAAAGCGGAGGUACCGCUCGGGAAAGUAA